CGCCACCCCGCGCCGCCACCGCUGAGCUCGCCGGCCGCGCCCGGGCUUGGGCGUCCGAGCGGGGAAGAUGUUUUCCGCCCUGAAGAAGCUGGUGGGAUCGGAGCAGGCUCCGGGCCGGGACAAGAAUAUCCCCGCUGGGCUGCAGUCCAUGAACCAGGCGCUGCAGAGACGCUUCGCCAAGGGGGUGCAGUACAACAUGAAGAUUGUGAUCCGUGGGGACAGGAACACGGGCAAGACGGCCUUGUGGCACCGGCUGCAGGGGAAGAAGUUUGUGGAGGAGUACAUCCCCACCCAGGAGAUCCAGGUCACCAGCAUCCACUGGGGCUAUAAGACCACUGACGACAUCGUGAAAGUUGAGGUCUGGGACGUAGUGGACAAAGGAAAAUGCAAAAAGCGAGGCGACGGCUUGAAAAUGGAGAACGACCCUCAGGAGGCUGAGGCCGAGCUGGCCCUGGACGCCGAGUUCCUGGACGUGUACAAGAACUGCAGCGGGGUGGUCAUGAUGUUUGACAUCACCAAGCAGUGGACCUUCAACUACAUCCUGCGUGAGCUGCCCAAGGUGCCCACCCACAUCCCCGUGUGCGUGCUGGGGAACUACCGCGACAUGGGCGAGCACCGGGUCAUCUUGCCGGAUGACGUGCGUGACCUUAUCACCCACCUGGACAGACCCCCGGGCUCCUCCUACGUCCACUACGCCGAGUCGUCCAUGAGGAACAGCUUCGGCCUCAAGUCCCUGCACAAGUUCCUCAACAUCCCCUUCCUGCAGCUGCAGAGAGAGACGUUGCUGCGGCAGCUGGAGACCAACCAGCUGGACAUCGAUGCCACGCUGGAGGAGCUGCUGGUGCAGCAGGAGACUGAGGACCAGAACUACGAGAUCUUCCUGGAGAUGCUGGAUGCCCGCAGCCGGGGCCACGUGACCAACGGGCAGAGCCCAGCCUCUGGCUCCCAGUCGCCUGUCGUACCUCCGGGCACCACGUCCACUGGGAGCUCCAGCCCAGGCACGCCCCAGCCUGUCCCGCCACUGCUUGUUGCCCCGUCCGCCUGUCCCUCCCCACCGUCCUGCACGGUCCUCACACCCCCAGCCGAGGCCCUGCUCCCCACCACUGCAGGCCCUGCGCCCCCGGCCCCUCCACAACGGCGUAGCAUCAUCUCGCGGCUGUUUGGGACCUCACCUGCGGCUGAGCCAGUCCCCUCCCCCCCAGAGCCUGCUCCGUCUGCAGGGGCCCCAGCAAAGGCCCCGAACGUGGAUGACUUUAUUCCUGAGGAUAGCUUGGACCACAGCUUCCUGGAGGACACGGGUCCCCUGAAGGACGAGAAGAAGGCUAAGGGGCCGCCACAGGACAGUGACAGUGACGGGGAGGCCCUAGGCACCAACCCCAUGGUGGCAGGUUUCCAGGAUGAUGUGGACCUGGAGGACAGGCCAGCCGGCAGAUCCCUGCCACCCGUGGACCCCCUCCCCAGCCAACAUGUCACUCUGUCGAGUGAGGAGGAGGCCGAGGGGCCAGCAGACCCCCCCAAAGCUUCUGUCCUGGUCCCCCAGCCAUGCUUAGAGCCAGAGAUGAGAUGGUCUUCCAAGAAGACCCCAAAGCCCCAGGCACCCUCACAAGCCCUGGAACCGCAGGUGCCGGAGACACACGGUGGGGGCAGGCCCACACUCGCGGUGUCAGCACCCAGGGCUAUGGGCCCUUCCCGCAGACCCGACGGGGUGGCAUCAUCGGAGAGCGACCCCGAGGGGCCCAUUGCUGCCCAGAUGCUGUCCUUUGUCAUGGACGACCCUGACUUCGAGAGUGAAGAGUCGGACGUGAAUCGGAGAGUGGACAAGUUCCCUGUCCGUGAGGACCUCUCUGACCUGACUGACGAGGACACUGCACCAGCAGAGCCCCCUCGACCCCCUGCUCCCCCCUUCAGACCCAAGAAUGACACCGAUCUCUUUGGGUUGGGCCUCGGGGCACCAGGCCUGAGGGACAGCAGCACCGAAGAUAAGGACAGCAAGCCUCCCUGCCGCGAGAAGAAGAAGAAGAAAAAGAGAAGCAAGGAGGAGGAAGAAAAGGCUGCGAAGAAGAAGAGCAAGCACCGGAAGAGCAGGGACGAGGGCGAGGACGAGAAGAAGAAGAAAAAGAAGGCGGCUCGGAGCCGGAAGGAGGCCGCAGACGAGCUGGAGGCCUUCCUGGGGGGCGGGGCCCCCGGAAGCCGGCACCGCGGGGGCGGGGACUACGAGGAGCUCUAG